UGUGUCGGUGCUUCCCGGCUUUGAUAGAGCGUCUUGCUUGCUGUACGGAGCAAUACCUGAGACCCAUACGACAGCAGAUGCUUGCAUCAUCGACAUUCAAACACUGCUGAUCCUAUCUGAAAUAAACCAGCGCGCCCUUGUGCAUGGCUUGGAUAGUUUGCCUCUUGUAACUGCCCAGUGCAUAUUAUUCGAUUCUUCCCCUUUGCGCGCCAGGUGGAAAACAAAACAUGGCACCACGUGGUUUUACGAAUCCAGCUCCAAAGACUGAGUCCGCACGCUCUGCCUUGAGCGCAUUUACUUGCACCCUUUGCAAUAAAUCAUACUCCCGCCACCCAGAGUACGAAGCGCAUAUCUCCUCAUAUGACCAUCAACAUCGCAAGCGCCUGCAGGAUCUCAAGCAGCUCUCCCGGGAUCCGAAUGCAGCUGAAAAGGCAAGGAGAGCCGAAAAGAAGGCCGAUGUAGAGGCUGGACUAAGAGUCAUUGACACCAGCGAAAAUGGUCCGGGAGCUGGGACAGGUGCCGGAAACAGCGGCGGAGGCUUCAAGAAAGGUGGCUUUAAAAGUUCCUUCGCCGCAGUUAAGGGCCCUGUUGCGCCCACGGCGGCAGCGAAGAAAAAUGUGCUCGGGGACGACGACGAAGAUGACAAUGCCCGGCUACAGGAGAAGCCUGAAGCUGUGAAAUCAAACCCCAUGAAUCCCAGAUUCGAUGCAGAGAGCGAUACCGACGAUGAAUAUUCCGAUGUGCUGCCAGGUGGUAGAUACUACAAUCCUCGAAAGCCAACAGACUGUUUCCCUGAGUGCGCCGGAACCAGAAGUGCUACGUUGGUAUCUUGAGUCAACGAUGUCUGGCAAAAGUAUUUCCUUAUGCGGGUG